UUGGCUGACGCUCAGUGCUCAGCGCGCACUUGCCUCUCCAACUUUGCACACUUCUCAGAGCUAGCCAGGUAGAAGCACAGGGGGCACAAGCCCCGCAAUGGAACACAGAGUGACCUGUUGCUUCGAGAAGCACACCCGGGUGGAAUGUCUCCCUGCUUUCUGGUAAGCUUGCUCUGGUGUCCCGACAUUCCAGCAGGAACAAUGGACGAAGGCAGUGUAUUUUUCAGAAAUGACAGCUACGUCUGGUAUGACAUUACAGAGGUGGACCUGAGAAACGAAAAGGAAGGGGCUCCGGAGAUGAUCAUUGUGCCCGUGAUUUUUGGAUUCAUAUUUCUGCUGGGCAUCAUUGGGAACACUUUGGUCAUGAUAGUCAUUGGAAGAAUCAAGUCCAGGAGGUCGAGGAGCAUAACCAACAUUUUUAUCGUCAAUUUGAGUAUAGCGGACUUGUCCUUUCUGCUCUUCUGCGUCCCGUUCCAAGCCACGAUUUAUUCCUUGCCGGAGUGGGUAUUCGGGGCUUUCUUCUGCAAGUUCGUGCAUUACUUUGUGAUGGUCAGCAUGCUGGUGAGCAUCUUCACCCUGGUCGCCAUGUCCAUUGACAGAUACAUCGCUGUGGUGCAUUCCAAGAGGUCCCCCUGCAUCCGCAACAAGAAGAACGCCUUUAUUGGGGUCACCACUAUCUGGGUGCUGUCGUUUGUAUUCGCCAUUCCAGUCGCCCAACACCAGACUCUUACUAGCCACCGAGAAGCCCCCAACAGCUCGUUCUGCUGGGAGGAAUGGGCUGACACGACAACCAAACAAACCUACAAAGUGACCAUCUUGAUAAUCGGAUACCUGCUGCCUUUAGUUUUAAUAACGUGGUGCUAUGCCAAGGUUUUGUAUCACCUUCAUAAAAAAGUGAAAAACAUGUCCAGGAAAUCAAAGAGAUCUAAGAAAAAGACCGCACAGACGGUGCUGCUGGUGGUGGCCGUGUUCCUGAUCUGCUGGAUGCCACACCACAUCAUCGCCAUGUGGGCUGAGUUCGGGGCGUUCCCCCUCAACGACACCUCCUUCGCUUUCCGCAUCAUCUCCCACUGCCUGGCCUACGGCAACUCCUGCAUCAACCCUAUCCUCUACGCCUUCCUCUCGGAGAACUUCCGCAAGGCCUGUCAGCAGGUUUUCACCUGCAAGUUCCUCUUUCCCCCACCGCCCGAGGAGAAAGUGGUGAGGAUCCGAAUGGAGAACUUCUCCACCACACACUCCACAACCAACGUUUAAACCAAAAUACAAAACAAAACCAGCAAACUGUAAAUAGACUCAACGAAAGUCCUUGAAAGUGAACUUUUCUUACGAAUGUAUUUAUUAAGGAGAGCAUGGAUAGCACUGCUCUCUUUUUACUCUUUGAGGGCCUGUGUGUGAGCACGUUGGACGAGACUGCAGACAGGCAACGUGACUGUGCCAGCCCCCAGCGUUCAGACAUUAAGCCAUAGGAUGUAGAGGAACAAGACGUCUUGCCUUCUAGUUUAGAUUUUUGAACUCAACCCGCUAGACUGUAUUCCUUUCUAAACGAUCGUCAUCGGCAGCCGUUCUUAUCUGUGCCAAACUAAGAGGCAACGGAAAACACAAAGGCAGCUACAACAGCCUGCCAUUGGAAGAAUGGUACAGUGCUUCCCCUGUAGUCAGGAGCCGUAGUUGCAUGACCUUGCUAUUUGUGUUCCGCCUUAUAGCAAAAAUGAAAGUUGCCAGUGGAAUGGCAUUAUGGGGCAAAUCCAAGCCACUUUAAAACUGGUUUUGACAUAUAAAAGACCACCUUAUAAAGGAGGAGCACUGUACAACUGUGGUAACAUUGUCAGAGUUUGAUACACCCGUGCUAUAUUGCAGGGGUACAGACACACUGGUAGUCUAUUGCAGGACCACAGCUACAUGUGCUACAGUAUCAGGACCACUGUGCAAUAUAUGUUCCAAAUCCAUUCUGUUCUAUAGCUUUUCCAUAUGUCCCUUUUUAUUGCCUAUGUUUAUUUUCAAUCUGCUAGGCAUAUCACAGUAAACUUUAUAAGAGAAACAGUUCGGUAAAUAGCACCGAUUCUAGGCAUAGUGAGCAAGCUUGAGUGUAUGUGGAGAACGUUCAGUGCAACAGUAAUUGCUUCAUCAUAACUUGUGCUCCAGAUCAUAUUCAAGUAUACCUAUUAUUUUGGGAGAUGCCUGUGUGCGCUGUCGACAAUUUUGGCACACUGGUGGUAAAAUCUGAAAAAAUAUAUAUAUAACAAUCAUCCAAUUUUUUUUGUGAUGCAUUGCCAGAACAGAACAGUGAAGAUGGAAUUACUCAGAUUUGUUACUCAUCCCUCAGAACAAAUCUGACAUACUGAUAGAGAAAAACCAGGCUGCUGUCCUUGGAGGUUGGCUAUGUGAAAAGCUCAAGGCAGAUUGUCUUUUUUGUCUUUAUGUAACACGCUCAAUGAAGAUUUGUGCAUUUCUAGUGUGUAGUGCCAUUGAAAUGCACCCUUAGUGCUUAAAUCCAUGAACCCUUUGUUGGCUUUGUAUUGUAGUCUUCAUUGGUCCUCACAGAGCUGUGUGGCAGUGUUUUAGUGCUAUUGUUUACCAUGCCGUUAAAAAACACACCUACUGUAUUACCACAGGUGCAUUAUGCUUUGUUUUUCCUAUUAAAUUGUAUCGCUCAGUCUGCAACUUGAAGUGUAAAUGUUUGUAUCGCAAUAUUUUAAGAAACAAUAAAAAUGGAACUUAUA